AUGGCCGAGUCUAUCAGCGAGGGCACUCUUGCAACCAUCCACAAGAAGGUUGGGGACCGAAUCAGAGCGGAUGAAGAGAUUGCCAGCAUUGAGACGGACAAGAUCGAUGUGGCAGUCAACGCAGCCGAGGAGGGAGUCGUUGCUGAGCUGUUGGCUCAUGAAGGCGAUGUUGUCACAGUUGGUCAGCCCAUCGCCCGCAUAGAAACCGGUCCUAGGGACAGUGCCACUACAUCUCACGUUCCCGAAAAGCAAUCCUCCAAUAAAACCGCACAGGAUGACCCGGCUCCCGUACAGAAAGAGUCCGGAGAAAGCAAGAGUGUUGAAAACAAAGAGCAGGCAAUCGAAAGCUCAACACGCUCCGCAAGGCGCGCAGCUCCUACAAGUCCUUCACCGGCAAGCCCACCACAGCCCAUCGAUGAGCAUGCUGUUGACCCGAAACGCGAAUCCUCCUUGCGAGCCGAGCACAUGGAGAAAAUGUCACGCAUGCGCAAAACCAUUGCUACACGCCUCAAACAGUCUCAGAAUACAUGUGCCUCGCUGACGACGGUUCAAGAGAUUGAUAUGACGGCUCUGAUGCGAUGGCGGGUAAAGUAUAAGGAAGACGUGGCUAAGCAGUAUGGCGUAAGAUUAGGCUACAUGGGUGCCUUUGCAAAGGCCACAGCUCUUGCUGCGAAGCAAGUCCCCGAGAUCAAUGCCAGUAUCGACUCGGAUCGUGAGGUCAUCACCUAUCGAGACUACGUCGACAUCAGCAUCGCCGUCUCCUCUCCUAAGGGCCUAGUGACACCUGUGGUAAGAGACUGUGAUUUGCUGAGCAUAAUCGAGUUAGAAAAGGAAAUUGCCAUCGUGGCACAGAAGGCCCGAGAAGCCAGGUUGACCAUGGAUGAUCUCACUGGUGGCAACUUUUCCAUUAGUAAUCCUGGCAUUUUUAACUCUUUGUUCGGGACGCCGGUGAUCAACUAUCCACAAGCUGCGGUUUUCAACAUGAACACAAUCAAAGACCGUGUGAUUGCAGUGGACGGCAAGCCCGAGAUCCGACCGAUGAUGUAUAUCACCGUAACAUACGAUCAUAGACUGAUUGACGGUAGAGAAGCCGUCUCCUUCAUGAACAUCGUUAAGAACUAUAUCGAGGACCCUGCUCAGAUGCUUCUUGAGUAG